CGGACGCGACAUGAGAGAAAAGAACGCCCCAGCUCCUAUAACAGCGAUAUCGUCUCUCACUCUCUCCUGUGGGUUCCAACCCUAAUCUCUCCUCGUUCUCUGAGAUUUGGGCGAGAGAAAUUCAAGAAAAAGGAAGCGAAGAAAGGGUGGAAAAUAUGAAGAAUCUUUACCCGAAAGGGAAGGGAAAGAUCCACCCAUCGCCGGCGUCGCCCUUUGCCUCCAGCGGUGGCGGGUCGAGCGGUGAUGCGCUGGCGGUGUUGAAGCUCCUGCCGGCGGCGAUCCUGGCGCUUACGGUGGCGCUGGGGAACGAGGACAAGGAGGUGCUCGCGUACCUCAUCACCAGGUCGAUAAAUGGGCCGGGGAUGGCGGCGUCCGCUGGGAUGGGUGGCGGGGGCGGGGAGGAGAGGCGGCGGGGCCGGCGUGUGGUGGGGGGAGUCCACCGGCCGCUCUUUGACUGUGGAUGCUUCGACUGCUACACUAGCUUCUGGUCCCGUUGGGACUGCUCUCCUGAUCGGGAGCUCAUCCACCACGCCAUCGAGGCCUUCGAGGAGCACCUGGCCAACUACGAGAGCAAGGGCGGAGGGAGCGGCGGAAGGGGACGGCGGAGGGAGCGGAGGGCUUCGGAUCGGUCGGUGAAGGGGAAGAAGAGCAAGGAGAAGGAGAAGGAGAAGGAGAAGAAGAAGGCAGAAGAGACCACCGAAGAGAUGGUUCUUGAGCUUCCUGCGGUGAGCUUCUCCUGCGAAGAGGAGCCGGCUGAGGUAGGCGACGACGAGAAGUGGGAGGUGGAGGUGGAGGAGGAGGGCGGGGACGAGACGGACGUGGCGGCGGCCGGCGAGCGGCGGAGGGGGUGGCCGGACGUGAUGGGCUUGUUUAAUUCCCGUUUGUGGAGCCUUUGGAGUCCGGGCGACUGAGCGCAGUGGAUAUUCCACUCUGGCACAAAACAAAGGAAAAAUAGAAAAAAAAAUGGCGUUCUUUUCAGAUUGUAUCCAAGAAAGGAGUUGCCAAAAGUGCCAAACAGUCUUGAGAGACACAACAGAGCACGCUGCAAAUCUUAUCCCUUCAGUUCAAGUUAUAGUAGAAUAUAGACAGCCUCCUCUCUCUUUUUCUCAUUCUAUUGGCUAUUGUUGUUCUCUCUCUCUCUCUCUCUCUCUCUCUCUCUCAUGUUCAUUACUCUUGUCUUAACUAUAUCUAUGGCAUCUUGAGAGGUCCCAAGGGUUCACGGGGAGUGGAUAAAAGCUAUCAGACUGAUCACAAAGCAGUUGUGUCUGGGGGGCCACAGCUUGGCUUUUUUUUUUUUUUUUGCUAAGAGACAGCUUGGCUUCACCUGGCUGGCCGGAGGCCAUUUGUUAAUGGCCACCUAACAUCAUAAACAUUUGUAAGCAUCAAUGUGCUACAGAGAUUUUGUACUGUGAGCGAGUGGAUAUGGUUCUACCCAAAAGCCGUGACUCCUUGGGAUGUUUGUCUCAUGUUUCUGGUAGGGUCGUCUCGAUGUGAUCCAUGUACUACCUAUUUUUUAAUUUUUGAUGCGAGUUAUUGCCUUUUCUUGGUGAAUCGGCCGGAUGGAUCAGUCUCAUAUGAAAACAUCCAAAAAAAAAUCAGAAAUCAAAAUAUCCCAAUAAAUGUACUGAAAAGGAUGUUGAAGCUCUCCCAUCUAAUGUAUCUUGAGUGGUUUGGCUAACUGGAGGUAGCAAAGCUCCUCUUCAUUCUCUAGAUGUCCAAGAAUAGUAGGUGCCCCUUACCAUUGUGGAGCUGUUUUGCGACCCACCCAAUCAUGGUCGCUGAAUCACCCUCUUGGAGCACUAACAUGACAUUACAUCAGUCCCCCUCAUGCCCCUCUCAACUCCACUCCUAGAACAGUGGUUUCAUACAAGUGACAUCCUCCUGCAGCAACGAAAACAGAAUUCGAGCCCUUGAUGAUAAACCCUACUUUGCCUCUUGCGUCUUCAUCUAGCACACUACUGGCAAAGCUUAUUUUGAGGUAACUAGGAGGUGAGAGCUCUCAAGACCAUAUGAGAGGAUACAAUAUCGGCUUCAAGUUAUCCCUAGUUGUCAAAUAUUCUCCGUUGAAGGUAAGGCUCGAUAUCUCAGCUGCCUACAUUGACUCUGGGUGGCUGAAUUUGAUUCUCGAAUACCCGACCAUUCCUUGCCAUCCAAACAUGGUAAGCGGUGUGUGCAAUACUUACUCUCUGUUCCCUGUCGAUAACUUUGGGACCACUCUCCCUUAGAAAGUCGAAGGAAACAUCCAUAGGGGAGGACAACAUGAUAACUGGGUUGAAGGUGCCAGCCUUCUCAGGCACUACAUGGGUCACAGUUUCAACUGUUCCCGGGUAGCAAUCACAGGUCUGGCGGGAUAUUCAGCCCUCUAGUAGCCAUAAUACCAUGGCACGGGAUCUUGUUCCAAAAAAGUAAGGCUACUUUAGGAUGGACCACCUACGUUUCAAACUCAAGCAGCGUCCCUCCGCGGCGCCGGGUCACUCUAAUACAAGUCAUUGGUUCUAGCUUUGAAGCUACUCACCUGCUUAGCAGCUCUCACUGAGCCUUUCUUUCACCAGAAAAUGUUUGAUGCGGAUAGAAAUUUGCUCAUACCCUCCUCGACCCGUGGGUCACCCCACCUAUGAGUACGUUAUCUCAGUGCCAGCUGGAGCAGAUAGCAUUUCCACCGAGCAUGUCUAGGCGGAAGGCAUACGGUCCCCAACAUUUAAUUGACGCCCGUGCGUUUCGAACCUGGACCGUGCCGGUGGAAGCAAAGCUUCGUUCCAACUGUGCUACCACCUUGGUGGCCCUGGACCAACCUUUUGGCCAAAUACUCAUCAAAGCACGAUGGACUAGGUCAGUAUUCGAUCUCUUCUCACCAAGAAGUUGGAGGUUGCUGACGUUCAAGUCCAUCAACACCUCAUGGCUCAAGGUGGCGAGCCAGUGGGACAAGGGAACAGAGAGGACAACCAUGGAUCAUGAAUCACAUAAAAAAUCUACCAUUCCUAGCAAUCCACAUAAACAUUGGACAGUGCUGCCAAGGUGUGAGUACAUAAGACCUCCCGGAUGGAGUAGCUGCUAUGAGGUGCAGAUGGAUUGGAGCACACUACCCAGGUUCUAUAUUUUUUCCUCAUUAGAGAACACCAUAGAUUAAUUAUCACAGUUUCCAGUAAAAGUUUGGCCGCAUGUCUAGCCAUUACAGCUUCUCUUCUUAUUUCUGAUGAUUAAAUCCCUAGGCCACCUUCUGCAUAGGCUGAUGCACCUUGUCCCAAGACAAUAAAUGCACCUUCUUAACAUCACCUGUGGUCUCUCACAAGAACUUCCUGAAUCUUUGCUCCAGUUACAAGAGAGUACCUUUUGGAAUAAUGGUGUUUUCCAUGAGAUAAACUGGCAUUGCACUCAGCACAUGUUUGAUGAAUGUAACUCUGCUCAUCAUAGAUAAGGACUUUGAUUUCCGCCUUUGCAGCUCGUCUCUAGUACUUUGCUCCAAUGGCCUGCAUUCAGCCUUUGUUGAUUUUCUUUUGUUGAAGGAGCCAAGAUAUGUAGGUCCAAACACCACUCUGCUUCGAGAUGCCCAAAGAUUCCUUAAUUGCAUUCUUUCAUGGGGGUUUGCUUUGGGGCUGAAAAGCACUGGUAACUUAUGUUCGUUGACCCAAUGGCCAGAUGCAUGACAGUAAUCUUCCCUGAUGUUCCUAAUUAUUCUUGCAUGUUGUCUAGUGGCACGGGCAACGAGGAGACAAUCAUCAGCAAAAAUCAAUGAGAGAUUACUAGUGAUUCAGUGAUAGGUUGGUUGCCAAUAGAGAGUGGUUCAUGGUUGCCAUUCUUAAAGCUCUAGGCAAGACAUUAACGCACCAGAUAAAUCGAUAGGGGGAGAGUGGACAACCUUAAAAAAAUCAAUAGUUGAACAAAAGAAGUAUGUAGAAGUGCCAUCGAUUAAGGAUGGUGACAGAUGCACCCAUGAAUCCACCUAAUCCGCACCUCAUGGAACUCUACCUACCUAAGUGUAUAAGUGAAAAAAUCCCAUCAGACUUAGUCCUAGGCACAUUCCAUGGGAAGCUUAAUUGCCAUAAGACAUCGCCGGCCGAGCUAGAUGCCUCCGGUGAAAGCACCCUAACCUAGGCUGGCCAAGGAAGGAUUGGCUACAUCCUGUUGACCAUGAUUUUGGUGAUGAUUUUAUACAUAGUGGUACACACGAUGAUGCGUAUGUAAUGGCUUGGUGCAAUUGCACCCAAUCUCUUGGGCAUAGAGUGAUGUAGGCAUUCUUACAAGCCUUAGGCAUAGAGGUUGAAGUGAAAAACUAUUUGAUAGCCAUAAAAACCUCCUUAUGGAUGAUCCACCAAUUCUUUUUGAAAAAGACAUGAGGGAAUAGGCCUGUGUACCUGAUCACCUAUCAUGGACUUAAUAGCUUGGUUGAUCUCCUCAUCCUUUAUUUUCCCUAUUAGUGCAGCAUUGUCAUUAUUCGAUAACACUUGAUCCCCCAAUGUUGCUGGUCCAUCACGACCUGAAAACGUGGAAGACCUCCCUCUUGAUGGCUUGGGUAUCAUUGGUCACAAUCCCAUUGUCGUCCUUCAAGAGGUGGUUACUGUUCCUAUAUCUUCAAACAAUGGUAGAUUAAUGAAAAAAUUUGGUGUUGCUGCCCCCUUCACAUAUUCACAUCACUCUUGAUUUUUUACUUCCAAAAGAUCUCUUAUUAACAUGCCAGCACAUGAUGAUUGGAUAGGUUUAACCGAAGUGCCAAUAGAUCUUCAUUGGAUAGGCCACCAUGCCUCUCUUGCUUUAGCUAGAGCUCAAGAUGGAGGCUUCUGACUUUUUCCGUUCUCCUGAAAAUAUUCUCCACAAACUUAUGGUUCCAUCUUUAAGGACUUCUUUUUGUGAGCUCCAAUUUGCAGGUCACACAACACAACAUCUUCCUGCAUAGGAAUACUCCAUGCGUCUCGCAUCAUAUUCUAAGAUUGUGGGUAAGUAUGCCAAAUCUUCUCAAAUCAGAAGGGGCAAGGAAUGGGCAAAUUGAUAGUUUUUAAAAUAGGCCAAUGAUCAGAGGUGAUGCCGGAUAAGUAGUGCACCUAGUAGUUGGGAGUGUUGAAUUCAGCUUCUUGUAGCAUAGACUUUGUCAAUUUUUUCUCACACUCUAUUAUUAGACUAUAUAAAUAGAGGGCCAAUAACGCCCAAGUCAUGCAACCCAUUUGUAGAGAUAAAGUCUCUAAACUUGCUCGCUUCAAUCUUAUUAUAAGAGAAGGGUUUGCCCCCGGCCCUUUUGACAUUAAGUGCUUCAAUAUAGUUGAAAUUCCCUCUAUGAAGAAAUGCCAGUUGGGAUUAUAGCAGUUGACUCAUUCCACAGCUAUCUUCGCUGUAUAUACUCAAUAUCUGAAUAAAUAGCCACAAGAAUCCAAGCCUCUAUAUUGGGUUCAGAAAUAGUUAACAAACUUCUUGACUAUAAUUAUGUAAAGCGUCCACAAUAGCCAUGUUUUCCUUCCAUACAACAACGAUACCACCUGAUAGACCCUGCGAUUCAAUAGUAUAGAAAUGAUCCACAAUCACCAUCUUCUCCACCCCACAAUCCUCAUGCUAACACGCUUGCCAGCCAUUCGAUGGAAGUUCCUAGGGUUCGCAUAAAGAUUAAAGUCAUCAGGUAAAAGAAGCAGUCUGCUUGAAAGAAGGUUUUUAUUAUUGCCCUUUCACUACAUAACUCAACCAAGAUUUUUGUAUUUGUGAUCUUAUGAUAACAAACCCUCUCAAAAACCAUUACUUGUCAUUCUAAUGAUUGUUAUAUAUCCAAUCUACAUUUACUAAAUUUUUAAAAUUAAAAAUAAUAGUUAUUAUCAAGAUUAUUAUUAAAUGUUAUAAUGUUAAAAAAGUAACAGACAAAAAUGGCAUGAAAUAUGUUAUUUUCUUAAUAAAUAAUGGUAAUAUAUUGUAUCCUUUGAAUUGCAAAAAAUAUCAUCUAUGUAUGUACUGGCGAAAAGAUUUAGUUUUUCAAAAAAUAUUUUAUUAAUUAGAUGAAUAACUAGAAAUAAAACAAAUCAGCUGUUGUUAUUAUAUAUAAUGGUCAAAUCAUAAAAUAGCCGUAAGAGUGCAAGUUGAUGCUCUGUGCGUGUGUAUAUAUAUAAAGAGAGAGAGAGAGAGAGAGAUGGGCUUAGUUAUAUGAGAAUGGAUUGCCACUCAGAUCCAGUUAGGAUAAUGAGGGUUCUAUAUUGAUGAUUCGAGAUGUUGGAUAUAAUAUACUAGUUUUAAACUACUUACACAUCAAAAUCAUAUUAUUUGAUGACCUCUAGCCUAUGCAUCAGGUGAUUAAAAAAUACAUAUAAUUUAAUAUUUAUUUAGAUUGUUCAAUUUUUUGAUCACUUUAUCAUAUGCUAAAAUUUCCAAAGCAUAUAAGUUUUAGUAUAUAAGCAGCUUAGAGAUAAUAGAUCACAUCCAAUAACUCGAAUCUCUCUCUCUCUCUCUCUCUCUCUCUAUGUAUGUAUAUUCUUGAAGCCAUCAUAACCCUACCAAUCAUAGUUGAUCAUGGGUCGGGCCUCGGGCCUUAACUAUAUUCAUAUUUAUUAGGGCACCAUGCCGGGUCUAUUUAAAAUUUAAUAUUUUAUGUGCCCAAGCUUGGUCCGUAACCAGCUCUAGCUUCAGUCCAUGAAUCGUGGAUGGGUGAUCAGCCUCCUCGGCGAUUUAGAUGUGAUCCAUGCAAUGCUACCUGGAAUUUGUAAUGGCUAUUGAACGCCUAUGAUGACAUGCGCAUGGACUUCAGAUUGCUGUGAUGCCACGCUCCAAAAGGUGGGAAGAGUUGACGGGUUGGGCUUUAAAUCCAGUAUGACAUGGCCGUCAUCCAUCCGUGAUUUAUCAUCCUCGUUGGCCUGUGAUUGUUCAUAAUUUGUGCAUAGACAUGCAAGCAUGUUGGUGAUCUCACCUAGUAAAUUUUUUUGAUGUAACCAUGAAAGCAGGCAAUCAAUUAUUGAACCGGGAAACCUUUUUUUUUUUUUU